UCGGAAAGAUGCCCUUUAUCAAAAACCACCAAAGCCCGUUAAAUGGUGUAAGUGGAUUUUAUUUAUUACCUAACAUAAGAACUGAUGGAAACCUUUGCAACCACAAUGAAGGUGCAGCGUAAUUGCUCUGUAUCCCACGAAACGAAGCCUAUAGUGGCAGAAAGACCACACUGGCAUUUACUCCUCACUGAGUGAUGUGUACGUAUUCAGCUUUCUUGUAAGUUCCUCUGUGAGGUAUCGGUUGGGGUUAAUUCUCACCUCUUUUAAAGUAUCGCUAUCUCACGCUAUCAGCUUUUCAUAAGCAGAGACAUCCUUUUCAUGUGGCAUCUACCCACCAAGAAUACGUGUACCACUGAGACUGCUGCAUCACUGUUUACUCACGCACUGCCGUAUAAAGACAGAAUAAAACAUAUUAAUAAUAAUAAUGCAUUAUUAAAUGGUUUAUAUACUAGAGAUACAUAUUCAGAUUCAGGGCAUGGUUCAGAUGUGAAGAAGUGCUAUGACACCCCUGAGAGAAAAAGAAAUCCCCAGCAAUGUUGGAAAGUGUGUUACCUGGCCACAACACCUGUUGCGUUGCAUGUAACAUGCUGGGCAGGGUAAUGUGUUCGUCGUUGCUCAAUCUUUCCUUUCGUGGAAUUUGUGUAGAAGUCUCGUUCUGAUCAUGACAUGGUGGUUAGUGAGGUGGGGGUCAUCUGAAACCUCUAGCUUCCUUUUCCUUCAAACUGAGCUACAGUUUGCUUUACACACACUAAAUAACCCAAACUGAUGAAGCUUAAUAAAGUUCUGUAGUUAUGUAUAAGUAUGCAUCAUGCAACACAUACUUCUAAACAUGUACUUACUAUGCAGCAAUGCAGGGAUAAAAGGGUGGUUUGAUAGUUUAUAGGCUAGUGAAAGUUAAUGAUAAGUAAUGUGCACUUGUCUAUUGUCCGUGGUACGUGUGGGAGGGAUUUGUAGGUGGUGAGAAUGCCUUGACAGCUGGAGCUUCUUUCUUUAAGACAGAGGUGCUCAGACAAAAGUACACACCUCCUUCGUGCAGAAGCGAUAGAUGCACACACCGUUUGUCUCACGGCAGGACCUGCACCAUGAGCUGUGACCAGAGUUAUCCUUUCCCACAGGUGUUCCUUGUGGAUGGAGGUGAAGGUUCGCAGCACUCUGCCCAGCCACCGAAUCUUGUGCCAUGCUGGUCCUUCCCGCCUGCCCAGGAGAGGGCGAGGAGCCGCAGGAAGAGUCAGGGCUGCAUGGGAGUCAGCCCCGGUCUGGCCCUGAUCGUGCUGAUGCUGUUCCUGCUUGUGUUUGCCGCCCUGGCGUUUGAAGCCUACCAGAUUUACAACAUGCAAGAAGAACUGAGAGGGAUGAGACAGGUUAAUCCUAUGACUGAGUUUAAUGCACCCGAGAAGCAAAUUGGUGAUGAACCUGUGUUGCACAGAGAAGACAAAGAAAACAGACCUGCAGCACAUGUGAUAGGGCGGAUUGAAAAAGAACGAUUCCCUAAGACUUUGCGAUGGGAGGCGCAGACAGGUCGGGCGUUCAUAUCCGGAGCAGUGUCUUACAGGUUUGAAGAUGGUGCCCUCCAAGUCAAUGAGAGCGGACUGUACCACAUUUACUCCCGAGUGGAGUUGAUCUAUAAGGACUGUUCCUCUACAUCAUCGUUCACUCAUUCUGUAUUUGUGAGGAGAGGAGGACGCUCAGAACCUCUGACCCUGAUGGAGGCCCACAGAGCAGGUUUCUGCUCUCAGCAGCAGCAGGCGCACGCCUGGACCACAGAGAGCUACCUCGGCUCCGUCCUGCAGCUGCAGAAAUCCGACAGAGUUUUAGUGAAUGUAUCUCACCCCAUGUAUCUUAGUCAUUCAAAUUAUGCCAAUUUCUUUGGUCUCUAUAAGAUCUGAAGGCUUCGUGUUUAGUGUCAUGAUUUUACUCCAAUGACAGAAUAUAAACUGGUCAGUAUGUGAUUGCUGUAAUGUAGCCUGUAAUAACUGCACUCACAAUGGUCUGCAAUGGUAAAACCCAGGCAAAAUAUUGCAUAUCUUCUUUAUUGCCAGCUUUGAAACUGGUGGUUAAAUUAAACAAAUCUUGUGCCUUUUGUUGAGUCAGUUAACACUAACACGCUGAUUUAGUUGUAGCCUUUUCAAAAAUAUUUAUUUUAGUGUGUGUAUGAUACAUGUGAUGUCUAAAUGUGUGAAACAAAAGUGUUUUUAUGGUUGUUUGGAAGUAAAUAAAGAGAUAAUUUAAGUUGAUUUUCA